UCUGGACAUAAGUAACAUGACUUCAAAUCACAGCAGUUCGCCCCAGGAUGAAUAUCUCCCUCACUACAUUCGGGAUGAAGACCCUUUCACAUCAAAGCUCUCUAAGGAAGCUGAUAUAGCAGCUGGAUUUUAUUUAACCAUCGUUGGUGUACUCUCAACAUUGGGAAACGGAUAUGUUAUUUUUAUAUCUGCAAGACACAAAAAGAAGCUGAAACCUGCUGAGAUAAUGACUGUGAAUCUAGCUGUGUGCGACUUUGGCAUUUCAGUUUCAGGAAAGCCCUUCUCUAUCAUUUCCUUCUUCUCUCACCGCUGGAUUUUUGGCUGGAUUGGCUGCCGCUGGUAUGGAUGGGUUGGUUUCUUCUUUGGCUGUGGGAGCCUUAUCACCAUGAUGACUGUCAGUCUGGAUAGAUACCUGAAAAUCUGUCACUUGUCUUAUGGUACCUGGCUGAAGAGGCAUCAUGCCUUUAUGUGUCUGGUGGCAAUCUGGGCCUACGCUUCUUUCUGGGCCACCAUGCCAUUAACUGGAGUGGGAAACUAUGCUCCCGAGCCCUUUGGGACAUCGUGCACGCUGGAUUGGUGGCUGGCGCAGUCUUCAGUGGCGGGGCAGGCUUUUAUUCUGAAUAUUCUUUUCUUCUGCCUUGUGUUCCCAACAGCAGUGAUUGUGUUCUCCUAUGUUAAGAUCAUUUUAAAAGUUAAGUCUUCCUCCAAAGAAGUAGCUCAUUUUGACACUAGGAUACAAAACAGUCACCAACUGGAAAUGAAACUAACCAAGGUGGCAGUGUUGAUCUGUGCAGGAUUUCUAAUUGCCUGGAUUCCAUACGCGGUGGUAUCUGUGUGGUCAGCUUUUGGGCACCCAGACUCCGUGCCCAUUCCGCUUUCGGUGGUACCAACCUUGUUUGCAAAAUCAGCAGCUAUGUACAACCCAAUUAUUUACCAGGUCAUUAAUUGUAAAUCUGCCUGUUGUCGGGCACGUGGCUCGAAGGCCCUGCAGAAGAAGAGCACCUCGCAGAAUACCAGGUUGAAUACAAUAUCUACAAAUAGAAUGUCUACAGCAGUUGAUGAAACCUAG